AUCUUUCCCAUUCGGCAGCAAGAUUGCCAUAUGUCUCCAAUUUCGAGGCCCUGUUUUUGGCUAAAAACUGAUUACAGAACGUCUGCGAGGCACUUCAAAGGCGCUUGAGCAGGAUCGAUCUCCCCCACCGCUUGGUAGCGACGUGCGCCGACCUCGAUUGGGCACUGACCCGCCGCCUCAUGCGACAGGGGAAGUGAUUUGUUGUCCAUCCAGUUGUCGAGGCCGAGCCUGCUUGAACGCCCGCGCUUUAAUGCGCAAACUCGCCGCUGAGUUGGUAUUGUUAGAUUCUGGGGUGAGAUCCAUAUCGCAGAAGCAUUAUCACUCAUCCAACGAACAGCCGGAUUUUGAAGACGUCGGAGUCACGGAGUCACUGCAAUGGGCUCUGGACUUCGUGCAAUGGACUAACCUACGUCUCCGCGACCAUAUCGACCAACCCUCACCACGCAGCCCCGACCAAAGCCCGUCUCAACCUGGCUCGUCGACCAUGAGGAGAGGGCAACAGCACCUCGAGCAGCGCGACGGACAGUCGCCGCCAUCAAGGCAGUACAGUGGCAUUCAACAUGGAUUUACCGGCUUUGCCCAUCCGGCCAUGGCGCCAGAUGACAGUCGAAGAAAUCUCUACGGCAGCGAAUUUCCCCCAAUGGCCAACUCCCCGCACCAAACUGUUUCGUCAUCCGGAUCCGUAUUCAUGCCACCGCAGUCUCCAAUGCAAGCUCCUCAGCCCUCACGGUCGACCAUGCUCCCAUCUCCGUCGUCGAUGAACUUUCCCAACGCCACCAACCUGCCGCCCAUUUCACCACCUUCAACAUCAUUACAAAGUUCUGCGCAAGCCACCCACUUGCAGGAUCUUCAACACCAAAUCAGCGUCAAAACGCUCGCAUUUCAAACACUCCAACGCGAGUACGACAGCCUACUCCAAAAGCUCGAACGCCAACGUACUAAGUGCGCCACACUGGAGAAGAAGUUUGAAGUCAGCGAUGUCGAGAUCAACAGCCUCACGGAUGAAAAAGAGAAGCUCCAGGCACAAGUUGCCUCUCUGGAGGGUCAAGUUGAAGAGCUGCAGCAAAGCAGGGAUGAGACUCGCCGUCAACUCGUCGCGAAUGGUGCACAGUACAUGCGAAUCAUGGAGAUGGCCAACCGGCUACAAGCACAAGGCGCCGAUGACAAGAAACGCUGGGAAGCGGAAAGAGCGGAGCUACAGCAAAGAAUCAAGGUAUUGGAGGAAGCAAUGGUGACCGGCAGCGAGCGAGCGACCUCUGAUGCGGACCAUGUUCAAUCUACUAGUCCCUCAUCUAUCACAUUAGGACACACUCCAGGCCUAUUGAAUGCGUCUUCGUCCUCUACCGAAACUGUCAACGUUCUACGAGCGGAGAUUCACCGACUGCGCUGCCGAACCCAGAACUUGGAAGUCGCGCUUCAGACGAUGCGAAACGAGAGCAUCUCCAUCCAGGAAGCUGCUAGGAAACUGGUAGAAUCUGGUGGCAAAAUCGAAAAGGCGGCCCAAGGUGCCAUGGGCGGUUGAGCCUGCGAGUAUAAACCCAGAAUGGAAGUUUACUGUCAAAUGUACGACCCUGCGAUACCGUCGCCGCUGGGCAUAUGAUGCGGCAAACUCAGCAGCUGUCCCAGGAGGUCAUCCCCUCUUUUCGUCAGAGCGCGCCCGUAUUACGAUGUAUUCGCCAUUGCCGCCACCACCGGCCAUCGUCAAUAUCGUCGGCAGCAGCUGAACACAGACAGUCCCGAGGUUGCU